AUGAAGUCCUUCGUUGCCUUCCUCGUGCUGCUCCUCGCCGCUGUCGUGCAGGCCGUCAGCUCCGCGGGCAGCAGGCUUCUCGUGAUCCUGGACGAUGUCGCCGACAAUAGCGAAUAUUCGAAAUUCUUUGACGAUCUGAGCAAACGAGGAUUCAAGAUCACCUACGAGACUCCCAAGAGCGAAUCUCUCUCUCUUUCCAUCUUGGAGAACGAACCCCUCGGACCUAACUUGACACCCAACAUCCUCGUCGAUUUCAUGAAUGCCGAUGGCAAUAUCCUCGUCGCUCUAUCUUCCAGCACCACCACUUCAUCUUCCGUCACUGCCCUCCUCGCUGAGCUAGACAUCUCCCUCCCCGCUGAGCGCUCCGGCCUCGUCGUUGACCACUUCGACUAUGACACUUCCUCCGCCGCCGAUAAGCACGAUGUCCUCCUCCUCUCGCCCCCGAAAACCACCCGGCCCGGACAACAGCAGUACUUCACUCCGGAGACUACCGUCUCAGAGCUCAUCGCUUUCCCCGCGGUCUACAACCCCAAAGAAGAGACCGACGCUGUCGAUCCCCAGGAGCUCUUCGCCGUUGGUGAGCAGCUUGGUCUGGUCUCCGCGUUCCAGGGCCGAAACUCGGCCCGCUUUACCCUCGUUGGGGCUGCCGAGAUGCUCUCUGACACGUGGUUCGAUGCCAAGGUCAAGAAGACCGGUGGCAAGGCCGUCGGGACCUGGAACAGGGAGUUCGCCAAGCGCGUUUCCGCCUGGACUUUCAAGGAGAUUGGUGUCCUCCGAGUCAACUCCAUUGAGCACCGCUUGAACGAGCCUGGUGUCGAUGCUGAGCCUAACCCUAGCAUUUACAGGAUCAAGAACGACGUGACCUACACCAUCUCUGUCUCGGAGUAUUCUUGGGAUAAGUGGACAGCCUACCUCGUUCCCGACGGUGACGAACUCCAGCUCGAGUUCAGCAUGCUGUCACCUUUCCAUCGCCUCAACCUCAGCCGCGCCAAAAUCACCAAGGAUGCUUGCACCUACUCCGCCGCUUUCAAGCUUCCCGACCAGCACGGCAUCUACAACUUCCUUGUCAACUACAAGCGUCCCUUCCUUUCCAAUGUUGAGGAGAAGACGACUGUCUCUGUCAGGCACAUGGCCCACGAUGAGUGGGACCGUUCCUUCACCAUUACUGCCGCCUGGCCUUGGAUCAGCGGUAUCGGUGCCACCGUUGUCGGCUUCGUGGCGUUUUCUGCCCUUUUCAUGUACAGCAAGCCCACGGACCGUGCGGUUGAGUCAAAGAAGAAGCAGUAA